AUGAUUAAUCUGCAUGAUGUUCCUGGAAGUGGAAAGGAUGGGCGUGUAUUACAUGAAGACAUUCAGAGAUAUUUAGCUGGACAAAAUCAAUCAAAGUCUCACUUUGAAACUGGUGCUCAGUCUGAACAAGAUCUUACAAGCAAAUAUGAUGACAAGAUUGUACCUCUCAGUAUUAUACAAUGCGUAAUGAGAGACAAAAUGACAGAAUCACAACUAAUACCACAUUUUGUUCUGUCCGACGAGAUAGACAUGUCUAAACUAGUGGAAUUUCGCCGGUCAAUUAAUGAAAAGCUUAUAAAACUGAACAAUAUAAAAAUAACAUAUUUGCCCUUCUUUAUAAAAGCUGCAUCUUUUGCCUUGAAUGAAUUUCCAAUAUUAAACUCUCAGCUGGAUGAGAAACAUGAAAAUAUUAUAUAUAAGCAAAACCACAAUAUUGGAAUUGCAUUGGAUACGAAAAAUGGACUGAUCGUUCCAACAAUAAAAAGUGUCCAGAACCUAUCAGUUGUACAGAUUGCAGAGGAAAUUUAUCGUUUACAACAACUUGGGUUGGAAGGAAAGUUGAGCCUGACUGACCUUGAAGGAGGUACAUUUACUCUUUCUAAUAUUGGCAGUAUUGGUGGUAUGUUUAACGCACCGUGUAUUGUGCCUCCACAAGUGGCUAUUGGUGGUAUAGGCAGGAUUCAGGUGGGUUUAAGUGUUAUCAAAAACAGCAGAAGUUUCCUAAAUUUAAAUUCCAAGAACUCAGAUUAA